AUAAUCUCAUUUUCAAUUAUUCAACCAUUUCAUUUUACCAAGUUCAAUGUUAGCCAGAUUAGUCAACAUUUAUAUGUUUCGAUGCAACAACAAGAUGUUAUUUGUAACAAGUAGUUUUGUUGGUUGGUUAAUUGGUCACAUUUUAUUCAUGAAAUGGGUUGGAUUGGUAUUAGUCUGGAUACGGCAAAAUCAUUCUAUUAGAUCGAAUGUACUUAUUAGAUCGAAUAAGUACCUUGUGUCAGAAUUGAGAAAUUCUAUGGCUCGGAUCUUUAGUAUUCUUUUAUUUAUUACCUGUGUCUACUAUUUGGGCAGAAUACCGUCACCCAUUCUUACUAAGAAACUGAAAGAAACCUCAAAAACGGAAGAAAUGAGGGAAAGUGCGGAAGAAACAGAUGUAGAAAUAGAAACAGCUUCCGAAACGAAGGGGACUAAACAGGAACAAGAGGAAUCCACCGAAGAAGAUCCUUCUCCUUCCCUUUUUUCGGAAGAAAAGGAGGAUCCGGACAAAAUCGAUGAAACGGAAGAGAUCCGAGUGAAUGGAAAGGAAAAAACAACGGACGAAUUCCACUUUCACUUUAAAGAGACAUGCUAUCAAAAUAGCCCAAUUUCUGAGACUUCUUAUCUGGAUGGGAAUCAAGAAAAUUCGAAGUUAAAAAUACUUGAAAAUAAAGAAAAUUAUAUAGAAGAAAAUAAAUACCCCUUCUGGUUUGAAAAAUCGCUUGUGAUUCUUCUUUUCGACUAUAACCGAUGGAAUCGACCAUUGCGAUAUAUAAAAAACCAACACUUUGAAAAGGCUGUAAGAAAUGAAAUGUCACAAUAUUUUUUUUAUACAUGCCAAAGUGAUGGAAAACAAAAAAUAUCUUUUACGUAUCCACCCAGUUUAUCAACCUUUUGGGAAAUGAUACAAAAAAAGAUGUCCUUGUACACAAUAGAAAACCCCCCCUCUGACGAACUAUACAAUAAUUGGAUUUAUACCAACGAAGAAAAAAGUAAGAACUUAAGCAACGAAUUUAUAAACCGAAUCGAGGCUCUAGACGGAGGAUCCCUUUCUUUGAAUCUACUUGAAAAAAAAACUAGAUUGUGUAAUGAUGAAACCAGGCAAGAAUAUUUGCCUAAAAUGUAUGAUCCUUUCUUGAACGGAUCGUCUCGUGGAACAAUCAAAAAAGGGUUUUCACCUUCAAUCAUAAAUGAAACUUACAUAGAAAAUUUUAUAGAAAAAAUUUGGAUAAAUAAGAUUCACGGUAUCCUUUUUACUGAUACAGAUUAUCGAGAAUUUGAACAAAAAAUAAAUACAUUUGAUAAAAAAUUAUUAUCAAUAGACAAAAGAAUUGAUGGAGCAAAAUUUUUGAAAUUUUUAUUCAAUGGAAUUAUAAAUGAUCCUAAUGAUCAAAAAAUGAGAAAAAAAUCUAUUGAAAUACAAGAAAUCAUUAAAAAAGUUCCUCGGUGGUCAUACAAAUUAAUCAACGAUUUGGAACAACAACAGGAAAGAGAAAAUGAAGAAGACGGGACGGUGCAACAGCAGAUUCGCUCAAGAAAAGCGAAACGUGUAGUGAUUUUUACUAAUAACCAACAAAAUAUCGAUACUGAGACUGAAAAUUCUAAUCAAAAAGAUGAAGUGGCUUUAAUACGUUAUUCACAACAAUCGGAUUUUCGUCGAAACAUAAUCAAAGGUUCUAUGCGCGCUCAAAGACGUAAAAUAGUUAUUGAGGAACUGUUUCAAGCAAAUGUGCAUUCCCCCCUUUUUUUGGACAGAAUAGACAAAUCCCUCCUUUUUUCUUUUGAUAUCUCCAGACUAAUGAAACUCAUUUUGAAAAAUGGGAUGGGAAAAAAAGAAGAAUUCAAAAUUUUAGAUUAUACAGAAGAACCAAUAAAAGAAGGAAAAAAAAAAGAAGAGAACAAACGAAAGGAGAAAACGCGGAUAGAAAUAGCAGAAGCCUGGGAUACCAUUCCGCUUGCUCAAGUAAUAAGAGGUUCCAUGUUAGUAACUCAAUCGAUUUUUAGAAAAUAUAUUAUAUUACCUUCAUUGAUAAUAGCUAAAAAUAUUGGCCGUAUUUUAUUAUUGCAAUUUCCCGAGUGGUCUGAGGAUUUAAAAGAAUGGGCUAGCGAAAUGCAUGUUAAAUGCACCUAUAACGGUGUUCAAUUAUCAGAAACAGAAUUUCCGAAAAAUUGGUUACUAGAUGGUAUUCAGAUAAAAAUCUUAUUUCCUUUCUGUCUGAAACCUUGGCACAAACCAAAGCUACGGCCCUUCCAUAAAGAUCGAAUGAAAAAGAAAGGAAAAGUAAAAAAAGCCGAUUUUUGUUUUUUAACAGUUUGGGGAAUGGAAACCGACCUUCCUUUUGGUUCUCCUCGAAAACGGCCUUCUUUUUUUGAACCCAUUUUUAAGGAACUCGAAAAUCAAAUUGGUCAAUUGAAAAAUAAGUCUUUUAUAGUUCUAAGAGUUUUAAAAGAAAGAAUCGAAUUCUUUCUAAGGGUGUUAAACGAAACAAAAAAAUGGGUUAUCAAAAGCAUUCUAUUUAUAAAAAGAAUACUAAAAGAACUUUCAAAAGUAAAUUUAAUUCUAUUAUUUAGAUUGAAAGAAGUAGAUGAGUCGAGUGAAACUAAAAAAGAAAAAGAUUCUACAAUCAACGAUCAGAAAAUUCAUGAAUCGUUUAGUCAAAUUCGAUCUACGAAUUGGACAAAUUAUUCACUGACAGAAAAAAAAAUGAAAGAUCUAACUGAUAGAACAAGCACAAUAAGAAAUCAAAUAGAAAGAAUUACAAAAGAGAAAAAAACUAAAACUCCAGGAAUAAAUAUUAGUCCUAACAAAACAAGUUAUAAUGUUAAAAGAUUAGAAUCACCAAAAACUAUUUGGCAAAUGUUAAAAAGAAGAAACGUUCGAUUACUCCGUAAAUUACAUUAUUUUAUAAAAAUUUUCAUUGAAAAGAUAUCCAUGGAUAUCUUUCUAUAUAUCAUUAAUAUUCCCAGAAUCAAUACACAACUUUUUCUUGCAUCAUCAACAAACAAAAUUAUUGAUAAAUACAUUUACAAUAAUGAAACAAAUCAAGAAAGAAUUGCUAAAAGAAAUAAAACUACAAUUCACUUCAUUUCCACUAUAAAAAAGUCACUUUAUAAUAUUAGUAAUAAUAAUAAAAAUUCACAGAUUUUUUGUGACUUACCCUCCUUGUCACAAGCAUAUGUAUUUUACAAAUUAUCCCAAACCCAAGUUAUUAACUUGUAUAAAUUAAGAUCUGUUCUUCAAUAUCACGGAACAUCUUUUUUUCUUAAGAAUACAAUAAAGGAUUAUUUUGGAACACAAGGUAUAUUUCAUUUCGAAUUAAGCCAUAAGAAACUUCGGAAUUCUGGAAUGAAUCAAUGGAAAAAUUGGUUAAAAGGUCAUUAUCAAUACGAUUUCUCUCGGAUUAAAUGGUCUAGAUUAAUACCACAAAAAUGGCGAAAUAGAGUCAAUCAACGUCGUACAGCUCAAACUAAAGAUUUAAACAAACGGGAUUCAUAUGAAAAAGACCAACUAAUUCAUUACAAAAAACAAAAAGAUUAUGAAAUAUAUUCAUUGCCGAAUGAAAAAGACAAUUUUCAAAAAAACUAUAGAUAUGAUCUUUUAUCAUAUAAAUCUAUUAAUUAUGAAAAUAAGAGGAACUCAUAUCUUUAUGGAUCACCGUUCGAAGUAACUAAGAACCAAGAAAUUUCUUAUAAUUACAAUACACAUAAACACAAAUUAUUUGAUAUGCCGGAGAUUACCACUAUCAAUAAUUAUCUAGGAGAAGGUGAUAUUGGGUAUAUGGGAAAAAAUCCGGAUAGAAAAUAUUUUGAUUGGAAAAUUAUCAAUUUUUGUCUUAGAAAAAAAGUCGAUAUUGAAGCAUGGAUCGAAAUAGAUACCAACAGUAAUAAAAAUACUAAAACCGGCACUAAGAAUUAUCAAAUAAUUCAUCAAAGUGAUAAGAAAGAUCUUUUUUAUCUUCCGAUUCAUCAAGAUCCCGAAAGCAAUCCACCCAACCAAAACAAAAUCUUUUUAGAUUGGAUGGGAAUGAAUGAAGAAAUACUAAAUCGUCCCAUAUUGAAUCUGGAAUUUUGGUUCUUCCCAGAAUUUUUGUUACUUUAUAAUAUAUAUAAAAUAAAACCAUGGGUUAUACCAAGCAAAUUGCUUCUUUUAAACUUAACUAUAACUGACAAUUUGAGUAAAAAUAAAAACAUCAACGGAAAGCAACAAAGGAAUCUUUUUAUACCACCGAAUAAAAAACAAUCUUUUGAAUUAAAGAUAAAGAAUAUAAAUCAAGCAGAAAACGAAAAAGAACCCGCAGGCCAAGGGGAUCUUGGAUCAGAUGCACAAAACAAAAAAUAUCUUGGGUCCCCUCUCUCAAACCAACAAAACGAUAUUGAAGAAGAGUAUCCGGAAUCAGAUAUGAAAAAACGUACAAAUAAAAAACAAUACAAGAAUAACACGGAAGCAGAACUCCAUUUCUUCUUGAACAAGUAUUUGCUUUUUCAAUUGAGAUGGAAUGAGACUUUGAAUCAAAGAAUGAUCAAUAAUAUCAAAGUAUAUUGUCUCCUGCUUAGACUGAGAAAUCCAAAAGAAAUUGCUAUAUUCUCGAUUCAAAGAAGAGAAAUAAGUCUGGAUAUAAUGCUGAUUCAAAAGAAUUUAACUCUUACAGAAUUGAUGAAAAAGGGAAUAUUGAUUAUCGAACCCGUUCGUCUGUUUUUAAAAAACGACGGACAAUUUAUUAUGUAUCAAACCCUCGGUAUUUCAUUGGUUCAUAAGAGUAAGCACAAAACUAAUCAAAGAUACCGAGAAAAAGAAUAUCUUGAUAAGAAGAACUUUGAUGAAUUCAUUGCAAAACAUCAAAAGAUAACUGGAAAUAUAGACAAAAAUCAUUAUGAUUUGCUUAUUCCUGAAAAUAUUUUAUCAUCUAGACGUUGUAGAGAGUUGAGAAUUCUAAUUUGUUUCAAUUCAAAGAAUAGAAAUGGUAUGGAUAGAAAUCCAGUAUUUUGCAACGGGAACAGCAUAAAAGACUGGGGUCCAUUUUUGGAUGAAAAUCCGCAUCUUGAUAGCGAGAAAAAUAAAUUAAUUAAAUUAAAGUUUUUCCUUUGGCCCAAUUAUCGAUUAGAAGAUUUAGCUUGUAUGAAUCGUUAUUGGUUUGAUACCAAUAAUGGAAGUCGUUUCAGUAUGUUAAGGAUACAUAUGUAUCCACGAUUGAAACUUUGUUGAUGGUACAUUUUUCCUCUAUAUCCUCUAUCAUAUCUAGUAUCUAAAAGCAAACAAAACAAAUGCGCACAUGCCUUGUCUUACACUAAUAUACGAUACCAAUUCAAUGACGUAUCCAUUCGAUAUAGAAAUGAAUCUUCUUUAUUUUAGGCCUAAAUUAUUCUCUUUCGUAAGUGCAGAAAUGUAUUAUCCUUUUGUAUUCCUAUCCGACUCCAAUUUUAAAUUGAAUUGAUUAUUGAUUCAUUUUACUUGAUAAAAUUGGAGUCCAUAAAGAAAUUUAGAUUAUUGUGUAUAUCAGAUUAAAAUGACUAGCCUUAUUAUUAUUACUGAUCGGUAAAAUUAAUAUAUGUAAAAGGGGGGUUCUUUUAUGGUAAAAAAUCCAUUCAUCUCGGUUAUUUCCCAAGAAAAAGAAGAAAAGAGGGGGUCCGUUGAAUUUCAAGUAUUCGUGUUCACCAAUAAGAUACAGAGACUUACUUCCCAUUUGGAAUUGCACAAAAAAGACUAUUUAUCUCAGAGGGGUCUGCGGAAAAUUCUGGGAAAACGUCAACGGCUAUUGGCUUAUUUGUCAAAAAAAAAUA